GCCACAAACGGGCACCCCACGCUGAACGGAACAGAGCCAAUCCUGGAAAACAGCAGAAAGUUUUAGCACUCUCUGCGCAGGUGAUUCAUGCCAUGCCUGCCCGAUCAGUGGAGCAAGGAAUCUCUGUCGCAAUGCUUGCGUAGACGCCAUCUCCACCUCGAGGGUUGCCAUCAGGCGGAGUUGGAGGACAGCGCUCGGUUUCUCGGGCUUGUCUCAGCCGAUUGUUGAUCCUGGAUCGAAGCUUAGUUGGUUGAUCGAGACUCGGAGACGCUGUGGCUCAUGUAGCGUUUCAAGGUGCCCUGGAGCGGGAAAGCUCCAGCGAUUCGACCGAGCUGCGGAUCCCCCUUCGUCUGGUGAAUUCGGGAUCGGACCGCUACCGCUGUGAACCUCUCGUUGUGUUUGUGAAGCUUGCGCAGGUUGUGCACGAGGAUAUUUUAACCCGGCGGCUUUUUGCUUCUCACCGUUUCACAAUGAAUGGGCAUCAAGGUUAUACGAGAUUGGAGGGCUCUUCCGAGGUGGAAGCUUUCAGUUCACGUCCUCAAAUGCCAUCUAAAGACGUUGAUGGGGGCGCGCUCUUUGUUCUUGAAUCCAAAGGAAACUGGAAGCACGCUGGCUUCCAUUUGACCGUGUCCAUAGCCACCCCUGCGUUGCUUACCUUACCCUUUGCGCUACGAGAACUCGGGUGGGUGGCUGGAGUUUUAGCACUCGGUCUCUGCGCAGGUGUUUCAUUCUAUGCCUACAAUAUUCUCUCGCAAGUUCUCGAGAAUUCUGAACGCCGGGGCCAUCGGUUUCUCCGAUUCCGUGAUCUGGGAGCACAUGUUCUAGGGCCAUGGGGCUACUACGGUAUUGGCGGGAUUCAGUUUCUUGUAUGCUUCGGAACGGUCAUCGGUAGCUGCAUCGUUGGGGGCCAAAGUAUGAAGUUGAUUUAUAGCAUCCUUGAACCGGAAAGCACAAGACAACUCUCCGAAUUCGUUGCUAUCUUCGGGAUUUUCAUGUUGGUGCUCGCUCAAUUGCCUUCCUUUCACUCGCUACGUUAUAUCAACCUGGCAUCUUUGAUGUGUUGCUUGGGCUUCUCUCUGUGUGUUGUGGGAGGUUGCAUCUAUGCAGGCAAUUCUGUUGAUGCCCCACCAAAAGACUACUCUAUAUCCGGCACCCCUGCUUCCAAGCUUUUUGGCGUCUUUGAAGCACUUGCCAUCAUCGCUACUACAUUUGGAAAUGGAAUUAUUCCGGAGAUUCAGGCAACAUUGGCUCCACCGGUCGAGAAUAAAAUGUUCAAGGGCUUGUUGGUUUGCUACACAGUGGUGGUCACAACUUUCUUCUCUGUCGCCAUAUCUGGAUACUGGGCCUUCGGAAAUCAAGUUGCAGGCUACGUCCUGACCAACCUUGCUCCAACUGAUGGACCCGCUCUAGUCCCAAGCUGGCUUAUCCUCUUGGCCAAUGGAUUUGCGCUUGCGCAACUCACUGCUGUGGCUUUGUUUCCAUGGCUUGGCGUUGACAAUGUUAUGUGGAUGAAAUGGUGGGUGGAGGUGUACUCGCAACCCACAUUCGAGAUCUUUGAAGGCCAGACUUCCGACGUGAAGGAAGGCAAGUAUUCGAUGCGCAACUUGGUGCCACGUUUCCUGCUGCGAUCCUCGUAUGUUGCCUUCGCCACCUUCGUCUCCGCUGCUCUGCCCUUCUUUGGCGACAUUAACGGCGUCUUGGGAGCAUUCUGCUUCACCCCACUAGAUUUCAUCCUUCCCUUCAUCUUCUACUCCUUCACCUUCGGCCCCUCGCGGCAGACGCCCAGGUUCUGGAUCCACUGGGGCAUUGUCAUCUUGUUCAGCGUGGUUGGGUUUCUAGGAUGCAUCUCCUCGGUUCACCAAGUUAUCUUGGAUGCCAAAUACUACAAGUGGUUUGCUGAUUUGUAGCUAUGUUUAGCAGAACACCCAAGUGCGGUGAUUCUCACACCACACCAGAAUUAUUGUAAACAAUUUCAGGAACUACAAAUUCAUGGUCUUGAUCAGGCUAACGCAUCGCCAUGAGCGUCAAAUUUUCUACAUAUGUUCAAUCUGUACGAGUCUGCACUCAUUCAUGUUGCGCAUCCUGUACAUGCUGGGCUGCAUUAGCAACACAGACUGGCUAGUUAUAGCACGCAGAUUGUGGCGCUUAUCCUACCGACACAAGUCAACGUCAGGUUUUUUGUAGCUACAAAUUUUGUAUUUACUUUUGUAUCAAGUCAACGUUGAUUUGUGGUGAAA